UGUUUACAGGUCUCGUCGCGUAAAAUAGUGAUUUGUUUGCGGCCGUUUUUCUGGCUAUCCGAGAAAAAAGCGAUAACUGGGCGUGUAAGAAUCUCUAUUAACUACGAUUUUGUCUUUAUCGCGAGUUGUCCACACAAUGGACGCGAGCGGUGAGCAACCGCCCGCGAUUACGACCGAGCCCGUCUCCAGCAGCGAGCAGGAGCAUAAUGACGAGACUAUGGAGGAGACGGAGGAGUACAAUUACGACGGCGAUGAAUACAGGCAUUUCGUGCCGCGUGGCCGUGGUGGUUUUCGGGGUCGUGGCAGAGGUGGAUUUGAUUUCCCUAUGAGAGGUGGACCUCCAAGAUUCCGAGGAAGAGGUUUUGGGCCAAGAGGACCAAUGUUUCGCGGAGCUAACAAUGGAUUUCCUUUUGAGGGUCCACCAAGGCCAAAUUGUCCUCCUGGUCCAGCUGGACCAAGAUUCCGAGGUCCACCACCAUUUGAUCCCAGCUGGGGACCUAUGGGACCACCAAAUCUAAUGGGACCUCCAAAUUUAAUGGGUCCUCCAGGAAUGCCACCACCGCAUAUGAUGAAUGGUCCCAUUGGUACUGGACCAGGGCCAUAUGGACCACCUCCUGGAAUGGGACCUCCUAACAUGAAUAGCAUUCCAGGACAACAACAACCACCUCAGCAACAAUCGCAGCAACAGGCAAACAUUCCAGGUUUAGAUCUCAAUGGAGAAGUAUGGGUAGAGACAAAAACAUCCGAUGGCAAAUCAUAUUAUUACAAUAUUCGUACGAGAGACACUACCUGGACUAAACCAGAGGGACCAAAUGUGAAGGUCAUGGUGCAAGAUCAGUUAGAACAGUUAGUACAUGGUGCGUCGAAACAAGCCGCACGCUCUACCACACCUACUUCGUCAAGUAGCACACCGACUCAAAUUAGCGAAAAUAGAAUUUCGCAAUCGGGUGAACAAUCAUCCUCUAAUAACACGGAUGCCAUUAAUCAAUUAAGUACAGCACCUCCUGGCACUGGACCACCUCCUACAUUAAACGACACGCCAGACGUCAGCAACCAGGCAUCUGAAGCAAAUCAGUCUAACGGUGCAGCACCCACGACAGUUGCUAAUACGCCACCGAUAAAUACACCGAGUGUAAAUACAAACAUGAUGCAACCACCUCCGAAUAUGAUUCCUAUGCAACAUAGAAUGCCAAAUCAGUUUGGUGGUCCGAUUGCUACGCAAUUCGGGACAGCGCCUUUCGGAAUGCCGCCGCCUGGUUUCCAACCCUUCGGGGGUUACGGGCCGCCGCAAGCGAACUGGGGUAUGCCGCAAAUGCCCCACGGUGUAAUGGCACCUCAAGCGCCUGCCGAGGAUCCCGCUGUAUUGGCGCAACUUGACUCUGAACUGGUGGCAUCCGCUAUGGUUUGGACUGAGCAUCGUGCUCCGGAUGGCAGAUUGUAUUAUUACAAUAGCAAAGCCGGGGAAUCAGUGUGGGAAAAGCCACAAGCUCUAAAGGAUCUGGAAAAUGCAAAAUUGGCUCUGCGGCAAAAAAAUGAGGAAGCUAAUUCUGUACCUACCACCACUGCUGUUACGGCUACUACCGUUACCAGUAACAAUACCGCGGUGGAAUCUAACAAAGCAGAGAAACAGCAGGAGAACGCUCAUGACACCAAAGAUAGUACAAAGGAUAGCGCGGAUAACGGUAAGCCGAAGAAGGAGGAGAACGCCGCGAAGGAGCCUGCGAAACCUCAAGACAAGUCUAGACCAAUUUCUAGUACGCCAGUGCCUGGAACACCGUGGUGCGUCGUUUGGACGGGCGACGGGCGGGUAUUUUUCUACAACCCAUCCUCGCGGAUAUCGGUCUGGGAAAGGCCGGAUGAUCUUAUUGGUCGUCAGGAUGUAGAUAAGAUGGUGGCGACUCCACCGGAUGCAGUCGGUCCGGCGAAACCGAUACGUCAAUCAGAUACCAGCGAAAGUAGCGACGAUGAUCAGCCGUCAGCAACGAAGAAAAUGAAACUCGAUGAUGCCAAAGGUACACCCGUGAAGGAAGAGGAAGAGAAGGAAGGGAAGAAGACUAUCGACAUCGGUAAAGAGGCCGCGAUAGAAGCCGAGGUAAGGGCAGCCAGGGAGAGAGCGAUAGUUCCGUUGGAGACCAGGAUCAAGUCGUUCAGAGAUAUGCUUGCGGAGAAAGAUGUAUCUGCAUUUAGCACUUGGGAAAAGGAACUACACAAGAUUGUAUUCGAUCCACGCUACUUGCUUUUGACGUCGAAAGAAAGGAAACAGGUUUUCGAAAAGUACGUGAAGGAGAGAGCGGAAGAAGAAAGGCGAGAAAAGAGGAAUAAGAUGAAGGAACGGAAGGAACAAUUUCAGAAACUUCUAGAGGAAGCUGGACUACAUGGAAAAUCAUCAUUUAGCGAUUUUGCUCAAAAGCACGGAAGGGAUGAACGAUUUAAGAAUGUAGAAAAGAUGCGCGAACGAGAAAGCCUUUUCAACGAAUAUCUUCUGGAAGUGCGAAAGCGGGAGAAAGAAGAAAAAACAGCCAAGCGCGAACAGGUGAAAAAGGAAUUCAUUGCGAUGCUGCGUGAGCACAAAGACAUCGACAGGCAUUCGCACUGGAGCGAAUGUAAGAAAAAGUUGGAAACGGAUUGGAGGUACAGAGUCGUAGAAUCGGCGAGCACGAGAGAGGAUUGGUUUAGAGAUUACGUUCGCAUUCUGAAGGAUGAGCGGAAAAAGGAGAAGGAGAAAGACAAAGAUCACCGGCACCGGGAGAAAGAUCACAAGACGGAGAAGAAGGACAGAGACCGUAAGGAAUCGGACAGGAGUAAAGACGCCAAAUCUACCAAGGACAAAACUGACAAAGAUAGUACAAAGGAAAAGAAGCAACGUAGGAGCGAGGCACCCACCGAGGAGAAUGGAAAGGACAAGAAGGAGGCGGUUGUAGAGAAAGAGAGCGGUGAGAUCGAGGAGAGUGACGAGAAGAGUAUCAAAAAGGACAAUGACAAGGAGGACGGAGACGACCAUUCCGAUUCGGAGGAGGAUCGUGAGAAGCAGAAGAGAGAACGGGAAAGACGGGCGGAAGUUAGUAUUCGCGAGAGGGAAAAGGAAGUACAGAGAACCCUUGCUACGCAUCUUCGCGACAGGGAUAAAGAGAGGCAGCAUCACCGCCAUACUGAGGCUGUUCAACAUUUUAGCGCCCUUCUCGCCGACUUGGUGAGAAACGGCGAUCUGGCAUGGAGAGAGGCAAAACGACAACUGAGGAAGGACCACAGAUGGGAACUGGCCGAAAGUUUAGAUCGCGAAGAAAAGGAACGACUAUUUAACGAGCAUAUCGAACAGUUGGGCCGCAAGAAGCGCGACAAAUUCCGAGAGGUGCUCGACGAGGUGGGAGCUUCGACCGAGUUGACAGCAUCCUGGAAGGACAUCAAAAAAUUGCUCAAGGAUGACCCUAGAUAUCUAAAAUUUUCUUCUAGCGACCGAAAGUGUGAGAAGGAAUUCAAGGAAUACAUCAAAGACAAACUAGUUGCUGCUAAGGCGGAUUUUCGGGAACUUUUGCAGGAGACGAAAUUAAUCACCGACAAGACGUAUAAAAAAGUUCAGGAAAAUAGUGCUUGUUUGGCAGAAAUUGAGGAAAUUUUAAGGAAGGACCGGAGAUUCCUCGUACUCGAAGCCGCGGCUGCUGAGCGUACCCGUCUGCUGAUGGGUUAUCUGGAAGAGCUGGCGCGUAGAGGUCCUCCGCCACCUCCUACUGCCUCGGAGCCAUCCAGAAGACCAACUACAAAUUGAAUGUUGAGCAUCGAAACAUGGUAUACAUCUGCCGAUGUGGCAACAGAAGGAUAAAUUUAUAAUUAUAUCUGGAUGUGCACAGAUCGUCAUAAUAGCCUUAGAGCACAAAUUGCACCAUUCUUGAGCGCCGUGUAUAGGUAAUGCGUCCAGCGGAACUCGCUAGGCGAUCAAUUAAUGAUGCCUAAGUGAUGAUUACGUUUUUAGAUUCAUUUCAUAGUUGUAGAACGGCACAAUUUUGUGUGUCAAGUCUAUUGUGCCGAUCUGUGUAUUAUAUACACGCAAGUUUAUUAUUGUCUAUAUAGAAUUCAAUAAAAUUAACGCCAAUUAUAUACGUAUA